AUGGCAUCCUCAGCUCUCAUCUAUACGGCAGCUGCCAUUGGUUUAACUCCUUUCUUGGCCGUACUGUUCUGGAACUACGGACUCCCGACCUUCUUCCGCUUCCUCUCGAGAACCAUCGGCGCCAGUCUUGGAUGGUAUUUGCGACGCAAGACAGAUGGCCGGCGGGCACUUAUUGAGCGACUCUCCAGAGAACAAGAGCAAGAAUUUGAAAAGAGCGGCUCAAAGAAGCCGAGCGACAGUCUAGACGACGAGUGGGAACACAUCGAUCCCUCGACAGCUGGCACAUCCAAGAGCGAGGGAAACCCGGACUGGGAUGGUAUUGUCGGAUUCUUCCACCCCUUUUGCAAUGCUGGAGGCGGUGGUGAGAGAGUCUUGUGGGCAGCCAUUCGCGCUACGCAGAAGAAGUGGCCCAAGGCCAAAUGUGUCGUCUACACUGGUGAUCAUGAUGUGACCAAGGACAAGAUUCUUGAGAGGGUAGAGAAUACCUUUAGUAUUCACAUUCAUCCCCCGACUGUCACAUUUCUCUACCUUUCCACUCGACGAUUCGUUCUUGCAUCGACAUGGCCCCAUUUCACCUUGGCUGGACAGUCCUUGGGCUCACUCAUUCUCGGUUGGGACGCAUUUUCCCUUUUGGUCCCAGAUAUUUUUGUUGAUACCAUGGGCUACGCCUUUGUUCUUGGACUAAGCAAGAUGCUCUUCCCGGAGAUGCCAACCGGCGCAUAUGUCCACUACCCGACCAUUUCGACGGACAUGAUUGAGUCGCUCGAUCCAGAGAGUCCCCUUGGCAGCCGAGGAGUCAAUGCAGGCCAGGGAGCAGGUCUCAAGGGACUUGUGAAGCGAUACUACUGGAAUAUCUUUGCAGCUGUCUAUUGUUGGAUGGGAGCUUCGAUAGAUGUGGUGAUGACAAACUCUACGUGGACUCAGGCACAUAUUAAGAAGCUCUGGGGUCCCCGCCGUGCCAAGAGGUCUAGAGAACAUCCCAUUGUUGUCGUCUACCCCCCUUGCGCUGUCAGAGAGCUGGAAAGGGAGAUUGAAAUUUCGGAAGAGAGCGAGAAGCAGCGAGAGAAAGCGCUUCUCUACAUUGCCCAGUUCCGUCCCGAGAAGAAUCACAGUUUGAUUGUAAACUCUUUUGCCGAGUUGGUCAACAGUGGCUCGGAGGCAUCGAAGAAUACCCGGCUAGUGCUUGUUGGAAGCGUUCGUGAUGACAGCGACUCUAAACGCGUCUACCAGCUGCGUCUUCUGGUCAAUGAACUCGGAAUUAAGGAUCGUGUCACAUUCCAACUGGAUGCGAGCUGGCCUGAUAUUCUUCAAUGGCUACGCAAGGCUUACAUUGGUGUCAACGGCAUGUGGAACGAGCACUUUGGUAUCGGCUGCGUCGAGUACCAGGCAGCUGGUCUCAUCGGAGUUGUGCACAACAGUGGUGGCCCCAAGCUUGAUAUCUUCACCGAGGUUGAUGGCGAACCCACAGGUUUCCAUGCAACCACCGCAUCUGAAUUUGCUCAAGGUUAUGACAAGGCCCUGUCUCUACCCAACCCCCUGUCGGUGAGAAAGCGGGCACGAGUCUCUUCCAUGAGGUUCACCGAGGAAGAAUUCGCAAGAAGGUGGCUUGCACAGAUGAACACACUGGUAGGGAUGAAGAACUGA